AUGGCUGAUGGAAUCAAAAAGAGCAGGAGAAGACGUCCACCAUUCUCAUGUGUACACUGCAGGAAAAGAAAAGUGAAGUGUGAUAGGGGUAGACCAACGUGUAUGCGAUGCAGGAAAUCAAAUGUGGAGUGUGUUUAUGAUGGCCCAGCUGAUUGGAGCCAUAUUGAUCAAUCCAGUGUAAAAUCAUCCCAUGAACUAUCCUCACUUCAAGCAUUAGGCAUUCAUGAGCUUUCAAAAACACCAGUUGGCUUUUUUGAUGUAAGUUCCUCCAAGACUUCGUCUAGAUUUGAAAAUUAUAAGCCAAUUCAAUUUCAAAGUGCUAUCAAUGGCCAACAAAGGUCGAUGAUUAGCAAUGGUAGCCUUCCAGAAAGAUCCAUUCCAGUCAGCUCUGUGAACAGUCCAGCAAGUUUUCAUUCGGAAAAUAUCAGAGAGUACAAUUUUGUCACACGUGACCCAGUACCAAAUACACCAAUGACAGUAGUCCCCAAUAUAAAAAGUGGACCUGGAGGAUCAUUACCUUCUACAACAGUUGUUUCAAAUGCUGGUUUCGUUGCAAGUACUUCUCCCAGUGUUUCCGACUCGUCGUUGAAAUUUCCGACGGGUGGAAACUUUUCGCAAAAGCUUCCUCCAUCUUUGCCUAUGGUUCCCCAAGUAACUUCUGGAUCAGUUGUACCACUUCCAGUUGCUCCAUUACCUCAGAUAGUUUCCUCUCCUUAUUCAAAGAGUUAUCUUUUUUGCCCUGUAAAUGGAGUAUCAAGUGAAAUGAAUGAUAACGCUACGCAGAAGCGAAAGCGUUUAACUGAUCAAGGAUCUAAUGACAGGCUGAGUCUCGUUCUCGAUGAGUUCGGCAAGAACAUAUUGACAAUCGGCAUCAAGAAAAAUAGAAUGGGUGCUUUCGGAUCAUUUAAAAUGGGUAUUCUCUGGAAACGUGAUCCACUCAUGAACACGAUGUUUGCAAAAUUCAGGCUAAUGAAGAAAAAGGUUGAAGCUAAGGUGGUUGCUGAGCCCAACCCUUUUCCAAAAAAGUCGUCUGGAUAUCUCUCCGGAUUAAAAAAUCUGGAAAGGCAGGUUAAACUUCGGAAACGAAUGUCAAAGCAGAAAUAUAUGGUCAAGGACGAUAAAGAUUUAGAAGAUAUGAUGGCAUCAUUGUUCCCACCGCAAGACGUUCUAAACUGGCAUCUCAACAGAUUCUUUCGUUACAUUUAUCCAUUGUGCCCGAUUUUUGACGAGUAUAUUGUUCUUAUGUACACGAAGAGAAUUGUGGUAUACGGCAGCAAUUCUGUUGGUGAUAGUAGUGUUCACCUCGAGAUAAAGACGAAAUUGGAUCUAAUCAGAGCUGCAACAUUGCUCCUAAUUCUUCGGCUCUCGUAUAUUUCUGUAUACUUGGAAACAGAAACAAGCAACCCAUCAUCACCGAAAUAUGAUCAGAAGAUUUUGACGAAUCCUAUCGAAGCCAAUACGAUGACCCUAGCAAGGAUGGUUCUCGAAAGGGUUAAUUUCUUGAGAAAAACUUCUUUGGAAGAUAUGCAAUUGCUUCUCCUUAUACGUUUGUAUCAGAUUGUUGCGCCAGAGGAUGGUGACGGUGGAAAUUAUGGAGAUGGUUGCAUAUUUGUUGGGGUUCUAGUUUCAACAGCGGUUAGUAUAGGAUUGAAUAGAAAAAUCGACAAUGUUGUCAAGACCGACACAUUUGCACGGACAGCAGAUUCCUUCCAUAAUUUGUGGGGUAAGCUAUGGAUAACAUGUAUGGAGAUGGAUUUGGAGAUGUCUCUUGUGUAUGGAAAAAAGCCAUAUAUAAAUAUUGACGAUUGGGAUACUCCAUUUCCUUCUUCGGAUAUCAAGAACGCCAAUCUCCAGGAUUUUUAUGCGGAUAAAUAUUCCAUUGACAGAUUGAGCAAAUUUAUGCGGAUAUACAAUGAACUAUAUCCUUUGGUGUCUUCAUUGCAUAGAUUGCGAGAAUCACCUAGUAUUGAACAUGUCAUGCUUCAGAUCAACAGUGUCACAAAAUUAUGCAAUGAAUUAUAUCCAGUUAGUCUUCAGGAGGGCUAUCUCACUGCCGGCGUCUUCUCCUUAGAUGUUAUUAAUUCGAUAAAAAGCAUUCUUGUGAUCUAUCCAUUUAUCAUAAAUGUCCAGUAUUACCUCUUGCUUCAUUUCGAGAGUACUGAUCAGUUUGACAAAUUCUUGACUGUAUUUAACCAAACAAUUGAUAAUGUGCUUUAUGCCUUGCAGAUAUCAGUUGGUGCAUUCGUACGUAUUUUUACGACUAUGUCUGCACAUGCUUUGAUGCUAAAUGCGUACAUUAUUCAGGCAGUUAAUAAAAUUAUAUAUAUAUUGCUUUCAUUCUCGGUCCACGUGCGUUUGGCAAGUUACCGUGUGGAGAGUCAAAUAUCGAAGGAAGGGGAUCGGAUGUAUUCGGAGGUUCGAGAAUCCCAGGAGAAAUUGAAAAAGCAAUUUGAAUCACUCAGAGAAAAUAUUUUUGAAAUUAUGAAACUUGCCAAUAAAUGUCCGGCAUUCUCAUUGGAACAUUACUACACAUCAUUCAGAAGUUAUGGUAAUUGCAAGUGUCUUAUAGGAUGGACUAAACAAGGUGGGAAGCCAAUCUUCGAUUUUGAGGACCCUUCCUGGCUAGAGCACUCAAAUUUAAUUGAAAGGUUUAGUUAUGAGCAAGUUCAGAGUAUCAAUAAGAGGAUGGAGAAGUUUUUAUCGUUAGAUUCCUGUGUUAAUCUUUCACAAAUGACCAGGAGAUGGACUUCGAACCCGGAAAGUAACACUUUUAAGUUCAAAGAUUUCUGUCCCAAGAUUGAUGCUUCUGGAAAGAUAGUCCUCAACACGGGAAUGUUAAACUACAAGAAUUCUAAUAAUGAAAAUAUGGGCAUGAAGAUGGAACAUGCAUUCUCAGGUAAUGAAAGUGGAUCAUCGCUUUUGUCUGAAAAGCAAGACAAGACUUCGGAUAAUGGUGAAAGUAUCUUGGGAACGUUGACGUCAGCUGAUCCUUCAUUCGAAGGGCUCGAAUCUGCGGAUAACUGGCUACAAAUACCGGACUUGGUAGAUUCCUUGGAUAUAAUGUCCGAGUUUGGUAUGCUUUAG